UCUCAUCAGUCUCCAAGGAAAAGAAAGAGAUCCAACUUUGGUUUAUCAAAAACUAUUCAAAAUGGCCGCUCAACUUGCUCGUUUUACCAGGUUUAGCUCAGCUCGCUUUCUUUCGGCUUUCCGUCCGUUUGGCAAGUUUAUGACACCUUUUGGAAGCGUAGUCGGAAACCAGGUCCGACAUAACAGCAUCGAAGUGCAACACAAGGACAACGGCAUAGCUGAAUUGACCAUGAACCACCAACCAUCGAACUCAUGGAGCUUAGAGUUUCUUGAGGAAUUUUGCGUGGUGUUGGAGGACUUAGAAUACGACCGGGACUGUCGUGGCCUCAUCAUUACCUCGGGUUUACCAACAGUAUUCUCAUAUGGACUUGACAUAAAUGAGUACUAUAAAGCCAAUAAAGAGAGACUCMGAGUGUUUCGUCGUAGGUACCAGGAAUUCUGGUUGCGUCUAUAUGGUUCUCGUCUUGCUACUAUUGCAGCUAUCAAUGGUAAUAGUCCAGGAGGUGGGUGUCUCAUUGCUUUGUCAUGUGACUAUCGUAUCAUGGCUCCAGGGUACAAGAUUGGUUACAAUGAAGUCAAAGGGGGACUAAUAGCUCCAAGUUGGUUUAUUGAUACAAUGUCUUCUGUGGUUGGACAACAAAUUGCAGAGCGUUCAGUUCAAGUUGGAUUGAUGUUUAAUAGUGAGGAUGCACUAAGAGCAGGAAUGGUUGACCAGGUUGUACCACUAGAGGAAAUCAAUGCAGCAGCUCAUGAAGUCAUGAACUUUUGGCUGUCUGUGCCAGAUAAUGUGAGAGCUAAAGCAAAGACCAUGAUGCGACGAAAAAACAUUGAAAAACUUGAAAUGAGUAGAGAGGAAGACAUAAGGGAUUUCAUUUCAAGAGUGCAGAAAGAUUACACACAAGAAGCUAUAGAAAAACUACUGAAAAAGCGAAAGGAAAGGGGACAUGAUACGCCAUUUAUCUGGGGAGAAGAUUAGAUAAAUGAAUAUUUUCAAUAACAAAGUGUUUUGGUAGAAUAGAUUAUGUCAAUAAUUUAGGACUGGUUCAAUUUAAAUAGAUCUUAUUAACAAAUUGCUUUUAGAAAACAGACAAGAAUGUAUAAUCUUCUGYAAUCAAUAAACAAAGGGAUGUCAAAGUUUAUGUUAAACUGAAACUUUGAAUUAAAACAUGCAUAGUAAUUUCCA